AUGUUGAACGACUACGACAUCCUUGUGGUGAACGGGUUCGUGUUCUGUUCGCAGCACGGACACGAAUGCUGCAGCAGCUGCGUGUGCGAUUUCCGCGAGCAGAAUAACGCGCAGAUCGAGGAUGAUAUCUGCCUCGAUGCAGGGCUUGAUUUAGCGCAACGCAAAUCCCUCAACAUAUUUGAUGUUGGUGCCGUGCGCUACCGGAAGGAGAGCCAGACCUGCAAAUGCGAGACCCACUUCGACGUCGACUGCGAGCGGUGCUUCGACUGGGUCAAGAUAUGCAUGGCAGAAAUGACCGGGAACCCAUUGCCAGGGAAGGUGAAGCGCUUGAAAUGGCCCGUAGACGAAUCCGAAAUGCAUCUUUGA